AGGUAGGUUAAUAAUUGGAUGUAAGCUUGAAUUUGAUCACUGACCUGCAUCUCAUGACAUUAAAUCCCCUUCACAUUUGCCGUACGACCUGUACUUUUUUUUCUCUUGAUGAUCCACCCCAACUAAGGCCUAACCUAUUAGGACCGAAGUUCCCUCUUCUGUCACACCCCCACUUUAUUUCAGGACCCAAAGGGCACACCGACAACCAUCGCGAUAUCAUCCUCCCCUCUUCCCGAUCUUUCUAAAGCUGGAUUUAUCCUGCGUCAACUCUGUACAAUUCCCUUCUUUCCCUUUUUAUAAAGGGACACCGUCUUCUUAACCAAAUUGGCAAUUCCAUAGCUAAUGUAAAUUUUUACCCAUACCCUAAAGCGUCUAUUUUUGAAUCUUUCAUUUUUCCUUACUAACCGUCUCACAUUAGUUAGGCUCAGCAAGUCGCCAAGAUGUCAUUCAACAGCCGCAAGUUUUCCAUGAACCGGAACACUGGUGUUCCGCGCCGUCGCUUUAGCAUUGGUGACCCAAGUGCCAAUGAGACGAGCUCUAAAAUUCAUCGUCAAUUCCGUGCGGCCAAUCCAGGCCAUCUUCCCCACGCUGGUCUAGACGCUUCACGUGCUUCUACCGGUGUCGUCUGGUGUACUGAGCGAGCCGCCGAGUAUGGCUUCCUUGAGGAACCCGAAAAAUGGGCAAACCUUGGUCAAGGUGCUCCCGAGGUUGAGGAUGAUAUCGAAGGCUGCUUUGAACGUCCCCACACAAUAGAUGUCUCCGUUGCCCUCCGUGAGUAUGGUCCGACUGCCGGUAUCAAGCCUCUGCGCGCUGCCGUUGCCAGAAUGUACAACGAGAUGCACCGUCAGGGCAAGGAGAGUCAGUAUUCAUGGGAGAACGUUGCCAUUGUCCCUGGUGGACGAGCAGGUUUGAUCCGCAUUGCCGCCGUGUUGAACAAUGCCUAUGUCGGAUUCUUCAUUCCUGAUUACACCGCUUAUAACGAGAUGUUAUCUCUAUUCAAGAAUUUCGCCGCCAUCCCAACUCCCCUCUCUGAGGAAGAUGGUUAUCACAUUCAUCCCGACGUGAUCGCCCGGGAGAUUGCCCGAGGUACCUCUGUCAUUAUUACUUCCAACCCCCGUAACCCUACUGGCAGAGUGGUUGCCAACCCCGAAUUGGCUGAGAUUCAGGAUAUUUGCCGUGGACGUGCGACUUUGGUUAGCGAUGAGUUCUACUCUGGUUACAACUACACUAGUAACUGCGACGGAACAACCAUUUCCGCCGCCGAGAACAUCGAGGAUGUGGAUGAAGAUGACGUUCUCAUUAUUGAUGGUCUCACUAAGCGAUUCCGUCUCCCUGGAUGGCGUAUCGCCUGGAUUCUGGGCCCUAAGGAAUUCAUUAAAGCCAUCGGCUCUUGCGGUUCGUACCUUGAUGGUGGAGCCAACGCCCCUUUCCAGGAGGCCGCAAUUCCUAUGCUUGAGCCCAGCCUCGUCCGCAAGGAGAUGGAAGCUCUUCAACACCACUUCAGGGAUAAGCGAGAUUACGUCGUGAAGCGCCUCCGAGACAUGGGAUUCGUUAUCAAGUACGUCCCGGACAGUACUUUCUACCUUUGGUUGAACCUCGAGGGUCUCCCUGGACCCAUCUCCGACGGUCUGAACUUCUUCCAGGCCUGCUUGGAAGAGAAGGUCAUCGUCGUUCCUGGUAUCUUCUUUGACUUGAACCCUUCCCGUCGCCGAGACUUGUUCGAUAGCCCUUGCCACCACUUCGUCCGCUUCUCCUACGGUCCCAAGAUGGAUGUCCUACAAAUGGGCUGCGAUGGUAUCGAACGUGUUGUUAACAAGUUCAAGAAGUUUACCACUUAGGUUAGAUACUGUUUGCUGGCUGUUGACAACGACGCUGAGUGUCUAAUACCAGCACAAUCCUCUUCUCCUUUGUAAAUGAGACGCCUGCAUCUCGUCUAAGACCUUUUCCAGAUAGAAGGUAGAAAAAGGAUUUCAGGGACUUCGGUUUAAGGUCCUCUAGAUGCUUGAUGAAUAAAACGCUUUCCCAUUUCUUCUUCCUAAGUAGGGUGGACCAUAAGCCCGUAUCCGCCAACCCGCCAAUUCAAUUAAUGUAUUGAAAUGUAUACAGUAUAAUACAGUAUAAUAACGUACAGUCUGAUA